UUAUUAUGAUUGAUUGUUUCUCUUCCCUCUAGCCAGUGAUAGAUGCUGGCAACUUCGGAGUCCGACAGAACAUGGCGACUUUGUCUUUUAUCUCCUUGGCUUCCUUUCACAAUCGGAGGAAUCCAAUGUUCUACCAUCACCUUCAUCAGCAGCAACGGCAACUUCUUUUUGUUACCCGUUUGCAGAAGAAGAACAAUAGUUUCGUUUGUUUCGCUUGUUCCAUCAAACAAACCAGAGUUCGUAAGAGAGUGAAGAGCAACGAGGAGCUUCGGAGUGAGAUUCUGGAGUUCGUUGCUUCGGCUGGGCUUCCUCCAGGUCACGUGCCUUCCAUGAAGGAACUCACUGCACGGGAAAGAGUUGAUCUUGCAAACGUUGUCAGACGAAGAGGGUAUAAGUUCAUCAGAGAGCUUCUUGCAAGCUCUGAAGACUGUAAUGAGCUUACUAGUCCAAGUGGCGUCUCUUUGGAAGAUUCUUUAACAGAAGGUCAGGACGAAGAAGCACUUGAAUCUACCGAACCACCUUCAAGCAGUGAGAUGUACUCUACUGAAACAGAUGCUAGUGUCUCCCUUGAUCAGAGAGCAGAUAGUUUUCCAGAGGAAGUUGAUGUAGGGAAGUCAAGUCCCGAGGCUGAAGAAUGUGGAAGUGUGAGUCAAGAAGAAUCUUCGUUGGCUGCAGUUUCGAGCAUGGAAAGUUCCAUUUCAGACUUGGGUGACAGUAACCAUUCAGCAGGAAUCACAGAAAGUAAUUUACAGAUUGAGAGCGUGGAGCUCAGUAAUGUAGCUGACACUGAAUCCUCUUCUUCCGAAGCUUCGACAUCCGAAGAUGAUACUUUAAGCUCUUCAGAGAGAGAAGCUGACAAUGUUUUGGUGACAGAGGAGGAUGAGGAGGUCAAUGAUGUGGACGAGGAUUCCUCUCUUGCCUAUGAUCAUUACACCAGUCAAGAUCUCAAUCACACCGAACAUGUUGUUGAAAGUGUUGCUACUGAAUCCUUGUCUGGUGAUAAGGAUUGGAUGUUAGGACUUUCUUCUUCAACUUCAAGCAUAGAAGAAAAAACAACCAGAUUUCUCCAGAACGGGUACUUAGAUACAGUUGAGGAUGUUUCAGAUAAUGAAAGCAGUCCCGAAGAAACAACCAAAGGUGGUGAGUACAGUCAUGGUGGUCAGAGAAGUGUGAGUGUGGCGCCAAAUGGAAGUGCCCUAGCAUAUGAGGAGGUUACCUAUGCGACAGAAGCUAAUAACUCUCAAAGGAAUAGGGAUCAGAGAUAUGGGAACGCUGAACUUGACAAGGAUUCACAUGAUGAGACAAUGAAACGGGAAAAUCAGGUUGAAAUUACUCGGCUGAGGUUCAUGCUGCGUCAGAAAGAGCUGGAGCUGUCAAGGUUAAAAGAGCAGAUUGAAAAGGAAAAGCUGUCUCUUUCGGUUCUUCAAAGAAAAGCUGAAACAGAGAUACAAAAGGCCCAAAUGCUUGUCUUACAGAAGGAUGUUGAGUUGCAAGAAGCCGAGGAAAGUCUCUCAGGACUGCAAGAGGUUGAGAUUGAAUAUUGUGGCGAUGGUAAUGUUGUGGAGGUGACUGGCAGCUUCAACGGCUGGGAACACCGAGUGGGACUGGAGCUUGAAGCAUCCAAGUCAACCGGGAAACAGAAAUGCUGGUCAACAUUACUGUGGUUAUAUCCUGGUACAUAUGAGAUUAAGUUCAUCGUGGACGGUCAAUGGAUAACUGAUCCCCAAAGAGAUUCGGUUACAAGAGGACACAUCACAAACAACAUUCUCAAAGUAGACUGAUGAUCCUCUUGCCUUAACUGUUUUAGAGUUACGUUCAAUCAAGAGCCUUGCAGAUGGUAGAUACCAGCUUAAACAGGGAAAGGAGCAGAUCAUGUAAUCAACUUCUCCGAUGAGCUCAUGUAUAUGCUGUUUUGUUGUCUUAGUCUUAGAGGUAGUAGAGUAUGUAUAAAAUUACAAUUUCAGGUAAUUGAUUAAAUAAAUUUCUGAAUCAA